GCCGCCGCGUUAUUUACACGUGCGUUCGUCGCUUCGAUACAGCACCGCAAUUUUAUGAACUGUGUGGAAAAAACGUGAUUACUUGUGCCCAAUUGUUGUAACAGUGACUUAAACCUGUGUUUUGAAGGUGUGCAACAGUUAAAAUAAUCUCCUCUAUACACCUACGGCCGUAAAAACGUAUGAGCUGCCCAAGAGAUUAGUGCAAAACGGUAAUCACGUGAGAAUGUCCGGCCGGGACGUGCAGUGCAGUGCUUAGUGUAGUGAUGUGAGCGCCAUGCCGUCGGACAGUGGAACCACGUGGUCGCCGCCCGCCCCCGCCGAGCGCCGGCUCAGCAACUCCUCAGAUGGCAGCGCGGGCAGCGGCUACUCCAAAGCCACCACAGACAGCGCGGACUUCCUCGCGACCCGCCCGCACACGGCGGCGGUACUGCCCGGCAAGCCGGCCGCCAACCCGCUGCAGUUCGUGAAGGUGGGCCCUGCUGAGCUGGGUCACCGCGCGCGGGAACAGCUCCGACGUGCCGAGCUCGCCAAGAAGACAGAACCGGCGCGCGUCGAGCGCCAGGAAGACUGGCAGUCGAAUUUGGACAACUGGAAGUCCUCGCGACGGAAGCGUGUGGAGCACAUAAUCGAGCGCUGCGUGGAGGUCCGAAGGUUCGAGAACGAGGUGCAACAGCCCCGUGCGAAGGCGAAGACCUUCAACGAAAUGCUAGAAGAACGCGCGGGCCGUAGAAGGCGAAACCCUCUGGCCAUGUACACAGAAGACGAUGCGCACGAUUUGAGCGACCUGGGGAUCGGCACCUCCAGCACUAAGAGCAGCCUCAGCGAAGACUGCGACACUCACAGCUUGGCGAGUGAUGGUAUGGACCACGAUAAAAACCAUUCGGACGUGGAAAAUGUGUCAAAUGGCGACAACAAUCGCAAACUAGGUUCCAGCGCGAACGAAUAUGACACAUGCACGACCACGACCAUCAGCUCGCCUGAACCUGAGGAGUAUACUUACGAAGGCGCUAUAGAAGGAUAUAAGUCGAGAAUCAUCUCACAAACGAACAGCAGCAUCGUCAAAACAGCCGUCAACAAUAACCUCAAAGACAAGUCGCCAGAUAAGACAAACGGUGAUAUCAAUAGAAUCAGAACGUCAGUGAGCAAUAAAAUUGAAGAAAAAGUAUUUUCGUUCCAACAGGAAAGAGCAAAUGACCUGAGAAAUAAUAACCAAAAAAAGGAUUUACCUAAAGUAGAUAUUCACAAACGAAGAGAGCAGUUCGAAAGAGAAAACUCGCAGGAACUACAAGUGAGCAAACCAAAAUUACCUGAUAUGGCAAACAAAAAGUCAAUCAAAGAAAGAAUGUCUUCUUUAGAAAAGUUUAACGAAGAAUCUUAUUUCCAAAAGUCAACGAGUGACUUGAAUAAAUUGCCCGUCGAAGUGAAGCCUCUAAAGGAGAGACUUUCGUCUUUUAACAAUUUUAAAUCUACAAGUACUGAAGUCGAUAAAGCAAAAAGGCUGUCAAAUGGAGAUCUUAACAACACUAAAUCGCUAAAAGAGCGUUUGUCAAGUCUUAAAUCGCAAACAUCAGAAGAAGAUAUCAAAAUCACAAAAACGGAGGUAAAGGAAGUAUCUAUGAGUAUAAAAGAACGCUUGUCCUGUCUUGAUGCGGCAAAAAACAAGGAAGUACCAAAAUUAUCAAUCGAAGAAGAAAUCAUGCAGAAUGAUAAAAUCAAAGAGGAGGCUGAAUAUAACGAUUUAAAAGAUAAGUUGUCUGAUAGUUCUUACAAACUGGAAGAUCAAAUGCAGAGUUUUUGUCGCUCACUUGAUAGUUUAGAUAUUAAUGGUCAAUCUUCUCCUAAUUCCUUCGAAAGGAUUCAAAGUCUCGAAGAUUUCGAAUGCGGUGAAAUCCAGAACAACACUGUCCAAAGUGACAUAGAGACGGAGGAUAGUGGUAUCCAUACCGCCAGGGAUUCUUGCGCACCGGCUGAUGAUAUAGCAGAUUUAACUCAGGUAGCUUCUCCCAUUGGAGAACCUAUGGCCGAAGUAUCUGAAUACGAGUCUUCUAAUGAAGAUGGCGCGACUCUUGUUCCGACUAAAAUCAAUGAACACGAUGACAUGGAUUUAAAGCUGAAACAUCAAACCAAAACGGAGCUUUUCAUUCAAGAUUAUGACAAAGAAAGUCUGGCAGAUGAUAGUGAUAGCGCAAGUAACUAUACGCAAGCAGUCUCGCAGCCUGAAGAGCUUAGCGUCACUGAAGUUACAGAAAUCCAAAUGGACAAAGAAGAUGAAGAUACAUUGAAAAGCUUGGACAAUCAAGAUUCUUCCAGUGUCAUAGACGCCUUAGAGCUAGCGUUCAAGGAAUUAGAUUCUGAAGAAAGUGUUGACAUUACAAUGGAAGAAAAUGAAAAUAAACCAUAUGAGAUGAACACAAAAAAAAUAACCAUGGAUGAAGUUGAUAAAUUGCUAGAUUUUGACGUGGAAAAGAAAGUAUCCGUGACGCCAUUAUAUGAGAAUAUUGAUAUAUUUAAUCAGAAUAAUAUUGUUGACGCUGGAGCGUUUCCUUUGGAUCUUCCUACGAACGCUUUGGAACCACCAAAGGAGAAGCCUCCACCACCACCCAUGGAAGAUAGCCCUGAAGAUGAACUACUUGGAAAUGGCAACUUCAAACACACCAGCUCGGCGCGCCGAAUCAAAAAAGAGAUCCGCAACAAACGCACCAGUUUCCUAGGCAUCGAGGGACAAGACGACAGCUACUUAGACGUGGACCUAACACUAGCUCCGCGCCCCGACAUCACCUCGUUCCUGCAAGAGGAGACCAAAAUAGAGAAGUUGCUUUACAAGAAGACCCUGGCAAAUGAGAUGGAUGCCAAGCUACGUGAUAGCAGGGAUUCCGGAGUGGAUGUCGAUAGGGGUUCAGAUGGGUGGUAUAAGAGGCAUUCGUCUCCGGAGACUUCGAACCCUCAUAGCAGACAGAAUAGUGAGCCUUACACACAAAUGACAGUUACAUCAGAUGAGGAAGAAGCCGCCAAGAAGAAUACGGAAGAGUCCUUUUCCAAAGACCUCACAUCCAAACUCGACGGCUUGACCGAAAACGGCGAAACACGCGGGAACAAAAUAGAUCACCUGGACAAAAAAAUUCAGCAACAGCAGGCUCGCACUAAUGAGGAUUGGCCUGACGGGCACUUUGACGAUGCUCACACCAAGGAAGUCCUGCGUUUCGAGCGGGAACUCCUUCAGUUAGAGCAAGAAGAAUUGCGAAGACAGCGAGAGAACCUCUUGAGAGAUCAGAACAGAAUAAUCCAGAAAUCCGUCCAGGACAUAUCCACAGCUGGAGUCCCAGAAAAACCUGUAAUACCCAGAAGUAAACCCACCACCCAAAACUACAGACAUUCAAUGCCAAAUUUAUUAGUAAGCGAGAAUUAUAUACCACCGCCUGUCAUCCCAAAGGGUGUUCCGAUGGAUGAAAAUAUGAAAAGGAAACCAUUUGUGUCUGAAGAGCAUAUACAAAGUCAUUUUGGUGUUGAGGAAAGUAGGAAGGUGUUGUUUGACGACAAGAUGAAGUAUGCUGAAGUAAAGAGGCCGGUGCCCAAUACGACGCGACCUCCUCAACCCAUAUUGCCUCCAAAGCCUAGAAGUCGGGAUUCCAUUGAAAGAGAGAUCACUAUGAGGAGUAGUCGAGUGCCCUCCGCAGUGGAGUACGCGAAUGUGGAGCGAACCUCCGCCCAGCUGCGGCAGAAGUCCAACGCUAAUGGACAGUAUCAUCCCAUGACAAGGCACACGUUGCAGGCUCUGAGCGCAGCGCCGACGCCCAAGCUGAUCUCCAGCACGGAGUGGCUGCAGGCGCGCCAGCCGCCCGCUCGGCAAAAACCCGCCAACUUCAACUACAACCAACAUUGGCUUAUACAGGAAGCGGAGCAGCGCCGGUUGCAGGAGCAGCGGGCACCGCGGUACUCGCGCGACAUGCCGCUGCGAGCCCACCAUCUCCCUAACGCAUCGCAAGAGCGACGUCCCCUGAGGCCCGAGCUGGCACGCGACGCGCCCCGCAGUGCGGAGCCCAGAGAGGACAAGAUGCUGAGUGUGAGCGGGCGGAGGAAGUGCUCGCAUUGCGGGGAAGAACUAGGCCGCGGCGCCGCCAUGAUCAUCGAGUCGCUGUCGCUGUGCUACCACGUGUGGUGCUUCACGUGCGCCGUGUGCGGCUGCGCGCUGGGCGACGGGCGCGCGGGCGCCGACGUGCGCGUGCGCGCGCGCCGCCUGCACUGCCACCACUGCUACUCCUCCGACGACGGCUCCAAGUACAGCUGCGUGUGAGCGGCGCAUGCGGGAUUGCACACUUCAUAUUGACAUCUGUGUGACCUUGAAUGCAGCUGCGAGAUUGUGUGUCCUUGGACUGCGGCGGAGUGUUUGUGGGCCCUUGGGAUCUAUCUGUGUGAGAAAAAAAUACAGCAGACUUUAUAAAAUAUAGCAGGCAUCUGCGAAAGUGACCUAACCUAAUUAGUCGUCAGUGUGAAAGUGACCUAACCGAGUAUUGACAAUUCUGAUCACUACAAGAGUGUAUUAACAUAAUAUGUAAUCAUCGUCAUUCCCAUCCUCGUCGUUCCUUCCUGUUCCUUAGUUGCGCGCGCGCACAGUCGCGUGAUGACGUCACGCGCUCGGCUGCGCGCGCGCUCGCACGACCACGUCUCUGGACUCAGCUCGCUCUGAGCCUGUUUGCACGCGCACGUUUUUCUUUUCCAUUUACCCCUUCAUACCCCUCAUACCCCCCACCUAUGUAGUUCUUCAGAAUAAGUAUUGCGCAUGAGUUAAGUAUUUCCAAACAUUUCCGACAUUAUUAGAAACGACAAUUAUUUGUUUGUGAUAAAGUCGAAAUUACAACGUUUCUUAGGACGUAAAAAUUACUUUCGGUCAAAUUGAUUUGUAAUGUAUACAAUAAGAUUGUUUCUGACGUUUGCCGAUGCAUAAAAUUUAUUCUACUGAACUUUACUGUGUAUACGAAAGGGGAAACUUUAUUGAAGUUCUCCCGAAACCAAAAACAUUAAUUACCUUUUUAUAAAGAGUAAAAUUUGUAAACCUAAAAAGAAAACUUAAGUUUUGACAUAUUUAGUCUGUGUUAAAAAUUAAAAAUAUUCAAAAUCCCAAGCGUGGCUUUAACAAUUUACACUCUCAAUAGGUUUGAAAUAUUGAUAUAUACCGAAGAACUCAUAGCGUCUUCUAUCUAUAAUUUGAAAGAUAUCAUUUUUGUUUUCAUUCAAAAGCGUUUUUUUUCACAUUGAUUUAUAAAUGGAUAAAAAUAACCUAAUAUUUUUUUUUAACUUAACUCGAAUAAAGAUUUUAGAUUUCUGUGUAUUGAACGACUAUUAUUAAUUUUUUAUGUGAUUUUUUUCAUUAAUUCCUUUUACGAUACGCAAUAAGUACUGAUAACUAAUUUUCUUUGUAUAGAAAUAAUGUUUUCAUCAAAAUAUAUUAAAUAUAUAGAAAUUUUUAAUUUAAACACUACAGUCAACGUACGUUGGUAUCUUUUUGUUUUAAGUUUACAAAAAUAACGGAUAAAACCAAAUCAUAUAAAUUUUGGCUUUAGUAAAUAAAGACUUUACUAAUGUUUUACUUUAAAUGGAGUUUAAAACUUCAUACGCGAAACGAUAACUUAUUUUAAUCGAUUUUGAACAACUGAUAUUAAAAAUUGAUUUUUAGUUCAGCCAUAUGGAAUAAGUGAUAGAAAUAAUUCCAUUAUUGUACUCAAUUGUUUAAAAAUCGAUUAUUAAUUGUAUUUUAGGAAGCUGUUAGCACUAAGUUAAGUAUUAAUAGAUUCGUUUUAUAAUCGGCAGUUUGCACAUAUAUGCUAUUUGAUUUAAAUAUUAUUUUCACCGCGGUAUCGUUUAGAAGCAAUAAUCGCAUUAAUUUUUGUUCUCUAUUAAUAAAAGUAAUAAUAAAUACCUAAAUAAUCACACGUUUUCUGUUUCACUUAUUUUGUGCCAUGCCAUAACGUGUUGAACUAUUUUUAAUUGAUGAUUACUUAACACUGAUUUGAUUAUGUUAAAUAUAUUAUUAUAUUGUAAAGAUGAGUCUAUACUAUGUAACAUUUUGUACAUAUAAUGUAGCAUAUUGUUACAUCAUGCAUCUUAAUGAGAAUUUCCUACAAUCCGACGGGUUCAACUACCCGCCAGGAUCCUUUACAUUUUGUCACAAAAACCUAGAUAUAUAAUUUGUAAAAAUUCUCGAAUAAAAUUUUCGACCGAUAUAAGAAGUCUUCAAUUUUUUGAUUCUGAACAUUUAUAUCCAAAUUGUAAUUACACAGUUUAACAUAUAUGUAUACGAAAAACUCCUGUCAUAAUGGUUUGUUGCAAGGUUAAAAAUGUUUCAUUAUUCUAAGAAAUGUUACACAGUCUAAACUGACUUUAAGAGGUGUAUUUUGAAUACAGUGAAGGGAGCUUGUAUAAUUUUGUAAAUAAUUUUUAAUUUAUGUCCUAGCGUGUGUUAAUUUAGCUUUAAUAGAGUAUUUUUUAGUCUUAAUAUGAACAUUUAAUCCAAAAAAUGUUUAUUGUUUUCAUCAUUGUAUAUUAUUGUCGUUUUGUAUUGCAUAAUUCUAACGUAGUAUUUUUGUAUAAUUUGUGCCAAGAAAAUAAUGCAAAUACAUAUUUUUAUUUUGUUUAUGAAAAAGGAUUUUUUGUGAUCUCAAAGCGGUACUUAACCCAGUAAACGCAAUAAGGUUUCGGUAAAUAAGAAACACCCAGUAGCGACUGUGAGUGACGCGGUGCGGUUGAGGUAUCACUGUUCUGGUCAUCCACCAUGACGAAAUAAAUGUUCUAAUAAUUUAUUAUCACCUAUUAUAUGGGUAGUACACAGUUUUUUUUUAUCAUUAAUGUAGUGAAGGUCAAAGGGUUUCCCUUAUUUGAGACAGCAAAUUCUGUUAUAGAUACAUUUCUGAGGUAAACUAAAUUGUCACUGUUAAAAAAAGUUCUAUCCUUUUCUAGAAUAAUGCGUGAACAGGGCAGCAAUAAUACCAUUAAACCUGUUGUGUUUAGAGAGAUUUGUGUCAUAAAAAUUAACAUUGUCAUAAAAUAUUAUUAUAUUUUUAAUGCACAGAUUAUACAAUCAUACAAAUAAGGGUAAGACUACACUGUCAAUACUAAUUUUCUUUAUUUUUAGUCGCAACCAAGUAACAUUGUGUUAAACAUAUAACCUUAUAAACGACGCCAGCAACUCUUAUUCAGUAUUACAUUCUAAUCGAUACGAAAGUUUGGGUGUCAAAUUUGGCGUCACAAAAUAAAUUUCAUGUGCAGGAAAUCUAUAGACAAUAAUAAUAUUGUUUGAACGUUAUCUUCUUCAAAAACUGGCUUUCUUACUUUUAUAAUAAGGAAGCCAGUUUUUGAAGAAAAUCACCUUGUAUGCGUUAAAAAAAAAUCAUUCAUAACUUUUUAAAUAAAAAUAUUAAAUAUUUUUCAUACUAAAAUUUCAGCUAUAACUUUAUAUUACUGCACAGGAAAUUUAUUGUUACGUAAUAAUAUUGACAUAUCUUUUAGGACUGUCAAUUUUCACGUCAGUUUAUUACGAAGAGAAUGCUAUAAUGAAUUAUGUGAAGUGGUGUUAUAAGUAUAUUUAUUGAUAGUAUAGUGAUGCCCCAAAUAUUAUGUUUGUAUUGUAUUGUAAUUAUAUUAAUUUCGAACAACCCUGUACAUUGCGUAUGUGAGUAGAAACAACGUAUAUCAAUAAAAUAUUACGAACUUA